CGGCCCUCGCUGACACUGCUCCCCUAUCCACGCCCUGCCAUUGUGUGGAUACUUCUAGGUGAAGCGAAGGCGGCGGCCAACGCGGCACUGCCGGCGGCGGCGGCCGGGUUCCUCCACCUCCAGGACAAGGCUCGCAGCCACGUCGGUUGCCCCCCUACCGCAGCUCCUCAAUGCGCCGCCGCCCGCCGACCUCGUCCUCUCCCCCAAACUUUUCCCCCUUCCUGACCUGCUCCUCUUCACCCACACUUUUCGCGACGCCGAGCACGGCAUGGCAGCCGAGCGCCUCCCUCGACGCGUCGCCUCCCCGACCUCCCUCCCCCUCUCUUCAUGCAUCUCCAUGGCCGCGAGCCCCGCUUGCCGGCCGGUUGCGCAGGAGCGCCGGCCCCAUGCUCAGCCGACCAGGGUGAGCCCAGCCGGCUGCAGCCCGGCUGCCGCCGCCUCCGCUGGCCACAGGCCACCGGUCAGUGUGGACACGGUCACCGCUUUGCUUGGCCCCGGCUCGUCGCCCGGCCUCAGCGGGCAUGCAUGCAGCUGCCAUGGCAGGGCCGGCCCCGCCACCGCCGCUGUCGGCCUCGGCCGCGGGCGACCUGUGCACGAACCGCUCACCGGUGGCCAAUCCGAGCCCAGCCGCCUGACCGCCGCGAGCGCGGGCGAGCAGGAUGGCUGGCCGACUGCAGCCCGGCCACCGCCGGCACCGCCGCCCCGGCUGGCCACGGGCCGCCGUUCAGCCAGGAGCAGGAAGAUAUGCAUCGGGGAUCUGAUUUUGCUGAUUCCCCUAGCCACGCAGAUUCCUCCCAUGUCACCAAGUUGGUCUCUCUAUGCCACGCAGAUUCCUCCCAUGUCGUUAAUACGCGUGUGUGCAGCAGUAGGCUGUAGGAACGAACAAAGAGUGAGACCUGUCACUGUCAGAAGGUGUCCAGCCACGGCGGCGGCGCCAAGGAUGACAGUGGCAUCGGCACACCUACUAGGCCUCUGGCAGCGCACAAGUGCCGUGAAGGUGCUGCAGCAGAGCAACAGCCACCAGAUGCAGGCCGGCAGCAGCAGCACUCAAAUGCAGGCAAGAGGAAGCUGGGCAGCCUGGCAAUGAACAAUUAGGUCACCAUAUCGACAUAGCAGAGCAACCUUCCACCACAAAUGGCACCGCUUCAAGUGCACCAUCAGUAUUCACCGCCCAGAUCGAUGCAGCCACCCAGAACGCUGCCGAGAAAAUCUUUGCGGAACUGUGCAACCUAACAAUGGGUGCAGAAACUUAAAUUUACUUUUCCAACACAAAUUCAUCCUUUUCACCUUCAUUUGAGGUACCAGAUCCAUUCUUGGUGCUUCUACCAAUAUUCUAGCUGCAUUCACAAUUAAAGAGGUACACCGAGAUCAUCUGCACCCACC